AUGUCAGGUCUGAUGUCCUUGGGUUUAUAUGGGGUUCCAUGUGAGUUUUGCUGGAACAAUGGGUUCAGUUACCCCAGGUCCACAGAACAGACGUGUGGUCAGAAGUCAAGAGCUCAGCUAUCUCCAGAUGAUGAACUUUCCGCUAAGGAAAGUUUAGCAUUAUACUGCAAGCCAGUUGAGCUGUACAAUAUUAUUCGACAAAGAGCCAUUAAAAAGCCCCCUUCGCUUCAAAGAUGCCUUCGGUAUAAGAUAGAAGCAAAACGAAAAAAGAGGAUUCAGAUAUCAGUAUCGAUUUCUGGAAGCACAAAUACUCGAUUGCCAGCACAUGGUAUCUUUCCUCUCCAUGUUCUGUUAGCUAGAUCUAGUAAUGAUGCUCCAGGUGAAGGGCAUUCUCCAAUGUAUCGGUUCAGCCGGGCUUGUGUCCUGACUUCCUUCUGUGAAUCUGGAGACAGUGGCCACACUGAAGCCACAUUCACCAUCCCCAAUAUGAAGAGUUUAUCAACCUCCCAAGUUCGCAGCCUUGACAUUAUCCUUAUUAGCCGUGGCCAAGGUGGGCAAAAUCUUAGUGAAAACUGCUCAGAGAACCAUGCGGAGUAUUCUUCUCCUCAAAAGCUUGGAGGCCAAUGUUUCUGGGGUAAAAUACCAAUUGAUUCACUUGGUUCGUCUCUGGAUUCUGUAACUUUAAGUUUGGGGCAUACUGUGGAAUUAACUUCAGAAAUAAGUAUGAACCCAGGUUUCAUAGAGCCAUCACUUCUUGAGCAUGACAGUUGUUUGACAUUUUGUUCUCUAAAGGCAAAUGCUACAGGUUCAUAUAAACUAAAAGCAAGCAUAGAUGUACAAGAGGCUGGUGCAAGAGACAUGCGUUUAUCUCCUUACAAUAUUUACUCAUAUGAUGAUGUCCCACAGUCGUUACUACCAAAAAUCAUAAGGUUACGAACAGGCAAUGUGCUCUUUAACUACAAGUACUACAAAAAUUUGUACAAAAGCGAAGUUACAGAAGACUUUACUUGCUCUUUUUGCUUGGUACCAUGUGGAAGCUUCAAGGGUCUGGAAUGCCAUUUAACCUCGUCGCAUGACCUAUUCCGCUACGAGUUCUGGGUAUCUAAAGAGUACCAAGCUGUUAAUGUUAGUCUGAAGAUUGAUACCAGGAGAGAAGAGCUUCUGACUGUUGCAGGAAAUGAUCCAGGCAGUAGAGUAUUUUUCUACCGAUCAUCAAGGUUUAAAAGGUGUAAAAUAUCAGAAACGACAACUGAUAAGACGAAGGAUGUAUAUCCACAUAUCACGGAAUUAGGAUCAGCUGGAAUGACUGUGCCUGUGGACCAAGAUAUUGUGGAACCAAGAUCACCACGAAAUACAGUUCCUCCACCUGCACAAACGACUGAAUCAGGAUCGUCGAAAGAUGCCCAGGACGGGUCUGUGGUGGAUUAUGUCCCAAAGGAAAAUGGAAUCAAUGUACCAGAACGAACAGCUCUACAGUCUGAUAGGGCAAGGAAGCUCCUGGUUGAUCUAGAUGACCCCAGUCAUGCGCUGCUGAAAAAACGUGAGUUCUUCCAUUCUCAGAAGGCACAGAGAAUGGAGCUGGAUGUACUUUACUCAGAUCAUGACAGUGAAGACGAACUUGAUCAUGACAUCGCUGACUUCGAAGAUAGGACGCUGCUUGGUGGUUUUUCUGAUGUUGCAGAAGAGGAGAAGCGUAUCAUGCAUAUGUGGAAUUCGUUUAAGCGGAGACAGAGGAUAUUAGCUGAUGGUCAUGUACCUUGGGCUUGCGAGGCAUUCACCCAUCAGCAUGGACAGGAACUCGUGCAGAACCCUAGACUACGAUGGUGCUGGCGGGUCCUUAUGAUCAAGCUCUGGAACCACGGCCUGCUGAACGGCCGCACCAUGAACAUCUGCAACAAACAUCUUGAGGUCUUGGAAAGCCAACGCGCGGACCCCAAGCAAUCUUGA